UUGCAAAGCGCAAAAACUGCUCACUUGCAGCCCUCCCUCUCUCUCCAAUCCAUUACUGAGGCUUUGGAGGUGACACAGCCUUGGCAACGCAGGCACAAGGCACCGCUGCGCAAGAAAAGAUCACUCCAAGACGCGGGAUAUUUCGUCUGCAGUUACCUAAAAAAGCAAACAUGAAAAGUCAAUUAUUUGCCGUAGACUUGAUACUUCUGUGCAUAUCUUGCGGAGCAAGUGCAUUGGCCACGACUAUUCCUGCUGUCUCCUUGCCAGCCGCCAAUUUCACCAAUCUUGGCGCAGCGCACAGCUAUGGAACAGACACCACGGCUACUUCUAAAACCAGGAGGAAGCGUUAUAUUAGUCAGAACGACAUGCUGGCCAUUCUUGACUACCAUAACAAAGUACGAGGGAAGGUGUUUCCACCGGCGUCCAAUAUGGAAUACAUGGUGUGGGACGACACCCUGGCUAAGACGGCCGAGGACUGGGCUCAUGCCUGCCUGUGGGAGCACGGGCCACCUCACCUCCUCAGGUUCCUGGGUCAGAACCUCUCCGUCAGGACAGGACGCUAUCGAUCCAUUCUCCAGCUGGUGAAGCCAUGGUAUGAUGAGGUCAAAGACUACUCCUUUCCAUACCCUCGUGACUGCAACCCUCGAUGCCCUCUCAGAUGCUAUGGACCCAUGUGCACCCACUACACACAGAUGGUGUGGGCAACAUCCAACAAAGUGGGCUGUGCUGUUCACACGUGCCAUAACAUGAACGUAUGGGGCUCAGUGUGGAAACGGGCAACGUAUUUAGUUUGCAACUACUCACCCAAGGGCAACUGGAUCGGAGAGGCUCCCUACAAAGUAGGCGUGCCCUGCUCCGCCUGCCCUCCCAGCUACGGGGGCUCCUGCAGCAACAACAUGUGCUUCCCCGCUCUCAAGACAAACUACCUGCACUGGUUCAAAUAAACACAGGUUUCCUCUCGACAUAAGCUGACAACCGACAGUACCACAGAGACACUAUUUUAAUCCCGUAAGGAUUUGCACAACAGUCGUGGACCACACUAUUUUGUAUAUAUGAGCUUAUUUAAAGACACAAACACACAUUUGAAGGCAGCAGAAGAUUUUUGAUGACUUGUAAAUAAACUGUAAAUUAAUUUGUUACAUUUGAAUUGAUGAAAUAUAAUUUAUGUGUAGGAUGGGUCCUUAAACACAGUCGAUACUGUAUGUGGUGCUGCAUGUUUCACUCGUUACCACUGACAAUGUGGUAAUUAAGGACACAACAAGAUCAUGGCUGCUCAUACCUGCUCACUUUGGUGCUACAGGCAUCACACCUUCAUGUUGUGUGCUCUGCCUUCACAGGAAUGUUGUGAUAUAAAGAUCAAAGCUCUUGACCUCAGAGGGUAAAACCUACACAGGCGGUGUCAGCUUGGUGAUGUAGCUGCUGUAGGUACAACACACCUCAGACUCAAAGUCUAUUGCAAUUUCCAUUUGUGACAAAAGUACUCUUACUGUAAGGUCUUUUUUUGAAGGCCUGAUGGUGGCUUAGAUCAGUGGUUCCCAAGUGUUCCAGCCAGGGGGUCCAGAUUCGUUCUUAGUGAUUAGUUCAAGGUCCUCACAGUUUCAUAUAUUCAGCGUCAUACUUGCAUUUGGCCAUGUUGUUAAGCUAGUUUGCUGGCUCUGUCAAGUAGCUGUCCAUAAGUCACUCACUCUACAACAGGAAACGGCACUUCAAAAUAAAAGCUCUGUGCCGGAAAUUCACUGUACCUAAAAAUAAAACGUGUAUUAGUCCAUUCAGAAUGGACCUGUGACCCACUUUUGGACCCCAAACCACCAGUUGGGAACCACUGGACACCUCUGUUGUCAAUAGCCCUGCUUGUUUCAACAUUCACACAGUGCAUCUGCAGUUUUUACCUGCACUGAUAAGGUUUUGUUUCAUUACAGAAUUCAUGCUUUCACAUGUUAUUUAUGCAGAACAGAGCACAUCUGACCCACACAUCUGUUUUAUAAUCACAUUUGUAUAUUACACACCAAUAUAUUGAUAUAUUGGAGAAAUCCAUUGUUUAUAUUUUGUUAUGAUCACUGAUGUAGUUUUCGGAGUUAGGCACUCAAGUGCACCUUAAUUUUGUUCUAAAUUUCCAAAAAUACCAGGAAAUUGUUAUUAUUUGUACAUGUAGAUAAUCAUUAUACCUUGACUAUCCUUAAAACAAGUAUACUGUAAGUUAUUCAUUUUUAUAUGGGAAAAAAAUAUUUAAUUGAUAUUCAUUUUUUUUAUUGUUUUUGUAAAAGGACUGUAAAUUUAUCUGAACGAUUAAAAAGUACUGAAUAUGGUUCAUUUGCAUGUCAACUUUUAUGAUGCUGAAGGAAAUUUACUUUCAAGAAACUUGGUACAUUUCUAUGAACUAAGCACUAGCAUAAUAUUGGCAACACUUUUGACUUUGGCAAGUGUGUCAGAAUUUCCCUACAAAUUGGGGCAGUUCAGCAGUGUAAUGGAGACAUGAAAAAAAUGUUGCCGUUGACGCAGACCUUAGUGGGAAAUAAUGCAUUACAGAAUAGGAACAUUUUCCGCACUGACUGUAUUUAAAUCAACAUUCACAACAAGCUAUUUAUGCAAUGAACUGCGCUUUUUUUUGUAUUUGUAAUAAAAUGCUCUAUUUUGAA